AUGGUCUCUUAUGGUCUCCCAUGGUCUCCUAUGGUCUCCUGUGGUCUCCUGUGGUCUCCUAUGGUCUCCUGUAGUCUGCUAUGGUCUCUUAUGGUCUCCUAUGGUCUCCUGUGGCUCCCUAUGGUCUCCUGUGGUCUUUUGGUCUCCUGUGGUCUAUGGUUCCAGAUCUCCUAUGGUCUCCUGUGGUCUCCUAUUGUCUCCUGUUGUCUCCUAUGGUCUUGUGUGGUUCCUAUCGUCUCCUGUGGACUUGUAUGGUCUCCUGUGAUCAUUGUCUCCUAUGGCUCUGUGGUCUCCUAUGGUCUCCUGGUGUCCUAUGGUCUCCUGUGGUCUCCUGUGGUCUCCUGUGAUCUCCUGUGGUCUCCCUGUGGUCUCCUGGUCUCCUGUGGUCUCCGGUGUCUCCUAUGGUCUCUGCCCCUAUGGUCCUGGUGUCUCCUGUGGUCUCCUGGUGUCUCCUAUGGUCUCCUGUGGUCUCCUGUGGUCUCCUGUCGUCUCCUAUGGUCUCUGCAGUCUCCUAUGGUCUCCUAUGGUCUCCUGUGGUCUCCUGGUGUCUCCUGUGGUCUCCUAUGGUCUCCUGGUGUUCCUUCCUUAUGGUCUCAUGUGGUCUCCUAUGGUCUCCUGUGGUCUCCUGUGGUCUCCUAUGGUCUCCUGUGGUCUCCUAUGGUCUCCUGUGGGUCUGGUCUCCGACCUAUGGUCUCCUGUGGUCUCUCUAUGGUCUCCUGUGGUCUCCUGUGGUCUCCUGGUGUCUCCUUAUGGUCUCCUGUGGUCUCCUGUGGUCUCCUUUGUCUCCAUUACUGA